UGCUUCGGAGCCUGUUGGGCGGCUUACCUGGGCCUGGAGAGGGUGGAGGGAGCCUGGGAGCGACCCAAGGUGGAGCGACCCAAGGAGAAGCAAGCGUGACCACCCUGUGCCCUGGUCUGUCUGUCCUCGGUGGCUCUAAGAAACUAGAAUGAAUCGAAGCAUUCCUGUGGAGGUUGAUGAAUCUGAACCAUACCCAAGUCAGUUGCUGAAACCCAUCUCAGAGCAUUCCCUGGAAGAGGAAUCAGAACCGCCUGCUCCAGAUACCAGACACAUGGCACCCAACAGCUCCUCUGCACCCCAAACCCCUUGCUAUGCCUCAGGAGACGUGGCUCACACUCACCCACCCCUGAAGCUUUCAAAUCAUCAGUGGCCUGUGUCCCAGCAGGUCACCUGCCUGCGCACCAAAGUCCUGGAGGAGAGUGAAGACAGCUUCUGGAGGAGACACCCAGACCCGGGCAAAGAGUUUCCCUCAUGCUCCUCCGUAGCCAGCCAGGCUGAGCCUGAAUCUGUGGUUGGAGCUCUUCCCCCAGAGCAUCAGUUUUCACUUAUGGAAAAACGUGAUCAAUGGCUGGGAUCUCAGCUUUCAGCAGCUUCUCCCGACACUGGCCAUGACUCAGACAAAUCAGACCAGAGUUUACCUAAUGCCUCAGCAGACCCUCCGGACAGUAGCCAAGAGAUGGUGCAACAGCCUCAGCCCCACAGGAACCGAGCAGCCCCAGACCUGCCUACCACAGACACUGGGUACGAUUCCCAGCCCCAGGACGUCCUGGGCCUCAGGCAGCUGGAAAGACCCCUACCCCUCACCUCCGCCUGUUACCCCCAGGACCUCCCCGGGCCUCUCAGAUCCAGGGAGUUCCAUCUGUUUGAACCUCAGAGAUACCCAGCGUGCGUACAGAUGCUGCCUCUCAACCCUUCCCCGCACGCUCAGUGGAACUAUCACUACUAUGGUCCUGGAGGUCCUGAUUACCACGUGCCAUAUGGCCACAACUACCCUCGAGAAGCCUACCAGCAAGUGAUCCAGCCCGCUUUCCAUGGGCAGGUGCCCCCUGGAACCAGUGCAAGAGGCCCAUACCCUGUGCAGAAGGUCUUCCUGAACUAUCCCAGCCCCUGGGACCAAGAGGAGAUACCUGCAGCAAGAAACUACUCCUCCCCGGGGUUCCCGGGGUAUCAGGACCACGUGUAUAACCAGCCACCUAACAGAGCUGGUGCUCCUGGGGCGUCCUUGGAGUGCCCUGCAGAGCUGAGACCACAGGGUCCCCAGGCUCCAUCCCCAGCUGCUGUCCCUAGACCCCCCAGUAACCCUCCAGCCAGAGGAACUCUGAAAACAAGCAAUUUGCCAGAAGAAUUGCGGAAAGUCUUUAUCACUUAUUCUAUGGACACAGCCAUGGAAGUGGUGAAAUUCGUCAACUUUUUGUUGGUAAAUGGCUUCCAAACUGCAAUCGACAUAUUUGAGGAUAGAAUCCGAGGCAUUGAUAUCAUUAAGUGGAUGGAACGCUACCUUAGGGAUAAGACAGUGAUGAUCAUCGUAGCAAUCAGCCCCAAAUACAAACAGGAUGUGGAAGGCGCUGAGUCGCAGCUGGAUGAGGAUGAGCAUGGCUUACAUACUAAGUACAUUCAUCGAAUGAUGCAGAUCGAGUUCAUAAAACAAGGCAGCAUGAAUUUCAGAUUCAUCCCUGUGCUCUUCCCAAAUGCUAAGAAGGAACACGUGCCCACCUGGCUUCAGAACACUCACAUCUACAGCUGGCCCAAGAAUAAAAAAAAUAUCCUGCUGCGGCUGCUCAGAGAGGAAGAGUACGUGGCUCCUCCCCGAGGGCCUCUGCCCACCCUUCAGGUGGUCCCCUUGUGACCCUUCUACCCCUAGAUCAGGCAGGCUGGCAGCAUGCAGAGCUGUUGUCUUCAGUCCCUCUGGCCCCAGAAAACCUGUUCUGCAGAGUACUCUUCUCCUGAGACCUUGGGGGACUUGACUUUGAAACAGAGGCCACCAAACUCUGCCGUGUCCAGAAUGAGCGCUCAGCACUCAGCAAGUGGAUAAUACCAGUGACGUUGCCGUAACUGUAAACGACCACAAACACUCUCCCAUUGCUCAGAGCUACUUUUCUGCGUUAGCCCGGUGCUGGGUGUGCUCAGACCAAACUGAUGCAUGGACAAAUAAUAAAAUAUUGACUCUUUUGUAAA